AUGGCCGUCGGCGUUCUCGCUUUACAGGGUUCUUUCAACGAACACAUAGCAGCACUUGGCAGAUUGGGAGUGAAGGGAGUAGAGAUAAGAAAGCCAGAACAGCUUCAAAAUGUCACCUCACUUAUUAUUCCUGGCGGUGAAAGCACGACUAUGGCUAAACUCGCUGAGUUUCACAACCUGUUUCCUGCUUUGCGCGAGUUUGUUAAAAUGGGAAAGCCUGUAUGGGGGACCUGUGCAGGUCUUAUCUUCUUGGCAAACAAGGCCAUUGGUCAGAAAACUGGAGGACAAGAACUGGUUGGUGGCCUAGAUUGCACUGUCCAUAGAAAUUAUUUCGGCAGUCAGAUUCAAAGUUUUGAAGCAGAGCUUCCAGUUCCAGAACUUGUGUGUAAGGAAGGUGGCCCUGAAACGUUCCGUGGAGUUUUCAUCCGUGCUCCUGCCGUCCUUGAAGUUGGGCCUGGAGUUGAUGUGCUGGCUGAGUGUCCUGUUCCUUCUACCAAUGUGUUAUAUUCAAGUUCUGCUGUUCAAAUCCAAGAGGAAAAUUCCAUGCCAGAAAAGAAAGUUGUUGUAGCUUUAAAGCAGAGAAAUUUGCUAGGGACUGCCUUUCAUCCUGAACUGACAGCUGAUACUAGAUGGCAUAGCUACUUCUUGAAGAUGGUAAGCGAGGUUGGAGAAGGAACCUCUAGUAGUAUUGUCCCUGCAGGAGGAGUGGAUCUAAGCAACGACGGAAAACUGCGGAUUGAUCUCCCUAUAUUUUAA